AAAUUUCCCGCCAUAUUCCCCAACGUCAAUUUAAUUGGGCAUGAAUUUGUAAAAAUAAUAUUGUUUUAUGAUACAUAUAAGUAGUGCUCAUAUUUUUCAAAACCAAGAUGGGUAUUAUAGGUUUAUCUAAACUAAUUGCGGAUAUCGCACCUCAAGCUGUUAAAGAAAUGGAAAUUAAGAAUUACUUCGGUCGUAAAGUAGCUAUUGAUGCAUCUAUGAGUUUAUAUCAGUUUUUAAUAGCAGUGCGGAGUGAAGGAGCACAACUUACAUCUGUGGAUGGUGAGACAACAUCACAUUUGAUGGGAACUUUCUACAGAACCAUCCGGCUGGUAGAGAAUGGUAUUAAACCUGUAUAUGUGUUUGAUGGCAAGCCACCAGAAAUGAAGUCACAUCAAUUGAACAAGCGAGCUGAGAGGCGAGAGGAGGCUGAGAAGGAACUCCAAAAGGCUACUGAAGCUGGUGACCAAGCAUCCAUGGAAAAGUUCAACCGCCGGCUAGUGAAAGUGACAAAGCAGCACGGAGAGGAAGCCCGGGAACUGUUGAAACUUAUGGGAGUACCUGUUGUUGAAGCACCUUGUGAGGCUGAGGCGCAGUGUGCAGCUAUGGUAAAAGCUGGCAAAGUAUACGCUGUAGCAACUGAGGAUAUGGAUGCAUUGACCUUUGGAUCCAAUGUAUUACUGCGUCACCUCACAUUUUCCGAAGCUCGUAAGAUGCCAGUUCAGGAGUUCCACCUUGACCAGGUGUUGAGCGGACUGGAGUUGAAUCAUAGUGAGUUCAUAGACCUCUGCAUCCUCCUUGGCUGCGACUACUGCGGGUCGAUCCGCGGCAUCGGGCCCAAGCGAGCAAUAGAGCUCAUCCGGCAACACCGCAGCCUCGAGGAGGUGUUGCGGAAUAUUGACACUAAGAAAUAUCAGCCGCCUGAAGAUUGGGACUUUACUAACGCGAGGAGACUGUUCUUGGAGCCAGAGGUUAAGGAUGCCGGUGAGAUUGAAUUAAAAUGGACAGACCCAGAUGAAGAUGGUCUAGUAAAGUUCCUGUGUGGAGAUAAACAGUUUAAUGAAGAUAGAGUCAGAAAUGGCGCUAAGAAACUACUUAAAGCUCGCUCUGGCACCACACAAGGAAGACUUGAUGGGUUCUUUAAGGUACUGUCAACGACUCCGAAUCCUAAACGGAAAGCGGAAGACGAGAAAAAGAACGCAAACAAGAAAGCAAAGACCGGCGGCGGUCGGGGGAGACGGCCGAAAUAAAUAAUAUAAUUAUAAUCGUUUUAUUUUUCCAAGAAGUAUGGCACUAAUUCUUUGGGCUGGUUCCUACAAUACAUAACUAUGUCCAUAAUCAUUGAAACUGCCUUUCCCACUGUAUUAAUUGACUGACAGUUUAUUUAAUAAUUAAUAAAACGAAUUAUUCCAUAUAAUAACGAAGAAACUCACCGAAAAACGCGAACAAAUGCCUGAAAUACAUGCAAUGUUUGCGUCACUAAAUUAUGUAUGUUUGUGUGUUUUGAUUGCUGAUUGACUGUAGAAUAUAUUUCGUUUCUUAUCAUUCAGAAGUGAAAUUUAACUAUAGUGACUGGAACCUAUUAAUGCGGCUGUUAUAGAUGUUUCUAAAUCGGUAAUAAUAAUCAAAGUUAAAUACAUACUUUACUUAAA